GCAUACUGAUCUUACAGCGAAAGGGGGCGUGUGUUUUGCGUGUGGGCUAGCUAGCUGGCUAGCCAUGUCUCCGUUCUCUCCGCUUCUCUUUCUCGCUCUCGCAAGCGUGUCCUAUGCACAGGAUGGCUCCGACGCUCCCGUGUUUGAGCCGCUGUUUUCCUCUGGCGAAGUGACGUUCACGGUCAUAGAAAGAGCAACAAAAGGUACGGAGGUGGGGCUGGUGCGAGCGCAAGGUCUACCGCAAGAGACGGUGUUGUACGGAGUGGAGGACCUGGGAGACGAGUGGGAAGGGGCAUUCGAGAUCGGCUCCAGCUCGGGCGAGAUCGCAGUCGGUCCCAACGGCGUAAAUAUUCUCGUCAUUAGCGGUGCACCGCUGUCCAUUAGGUUUGGUGUUUUUGCCUACUACGAGUCGGCAGGUCUCCACGGAAAUAGGUCGAUUCUAUCAGUGACUGUUCAAAUUGAAGACGUGAACGACAGCCCCUAUUUCGAGGACAUUGAUACCCAAAUCUUCGUUGAGAGUGUGGCAGUAGGAGACGUACUGAGGAGGAUCACGGCCACCGAUAAUGAUCUUGGAGUAAACGCGGCUCUGGAGUACUCCCUCCAUCAGAUCAGCAGACCCGGUGGAGACACGGAGGAUUCGUUCUCCAUCCACCGCUACACGGGAGAUCUGACAGUUACCAUGAGUCUUAGUGUCGGCUUCGAAUACCAGCUCACCAUAACAGCCACCGACGAAGGAGAACCAUCGCUGAGUGCUAGCAUCAAUGUCACCAUUGUAGACGAUCCAGUUCCCCCUGUGUUUGACCAGAGAGUGUAUGAAGUUGAGCUACUAGAGUUCACCAACAAAACCAGAGUGUCCGUUGUGAAUGUAUCAGCCACUGCAACAGAUGAAGACGAAGUCGUAUACUCCAUAAUUAAAUGGAGUCCGGCUCCAGAGGGGUUGAAUUUCACCGUGGGUUCAUCAACUGGUUAUCUGUAUGCAACUGGGACCCUUGAUAGGGAGACCUUCUCCCGCUAUACCAUCACUGUAGAGGCCUAUGCGUACGUUGGUGCCCCAAGUGAAGCUACUGUUGUACUUCACGUGGGAGAUGUCAACGAACCUCCGCAGUUUUCGAGAAGCCACUACAGUGCCGCCGUAUCGGAAGGGGCGGAGCUUGGGUAUCUCUUCUACUCUUCUGUCAUGGCAACCGACAGAGACAAGGGGCUGUCAAAUUCUGAAGUGACCUACUCAUAACCUCCCUCUUCCUUUGUCUCGGUCCUAACUUCAUCUCACAACCGGUGUGUUUCUGAGAAUCCCUCCUCCCCUCCAAUUCACCCUCUUCAGUUGUGACACCAGUUAGCAGUGAGUGGAGACAAGGGUUGAGUCAACUGUACAGAUCAUGCAGCAGCAGAAGCAGAUGCUGUACAAAAGAGUGGCCGAAGCAGAGAGGAGCCCAUUCUUCCUCCAUCCUCAUCAAGUCACUUCCAUCUACCCCUUCCUCCCCUUCACCCCAUCAGUCGCAGGGACCCCCACCGCCAACAAUUCUCUGGGAAAUACCGGGAAAUUCUCCCCGGGGGUCUACCCGCUCGUGCAACAGAGCCCCCCUAAUCUAGGUCUAACGAUGAUCAACCCGGGCUCGUCCAUUCUGACUCCGCCUUCUUCGGUGUCAACUUCGGCAACUCUCACGACACAGGCAAAUUCGGCCACUAUGAGCGUCGUUGUCUCUUCCUCUCAACCCCAGUCGACUGGCACAGGAGGAAGAGGAGGAACCGCUAACUGUGUUCUGACCAGCCUCACCACCCCUACCACGCCCCCUCGCACAUCGUACUCUGCACAGCUCUACGCACCCUUUGUCAAGUGCCCCAUGUCACCCCCGACCCCUUCCGGCAUUGCGACGCUCAGCGUCCUCUCCCCGUGGAACAUUGCUGCCAUGUCUCAAAUCGGGAUCCCCUCGCCACCCACCGACCCACCAAGCUCUUCAUCUUCCGCUUCAAAAACCAGAAGGUCCUUGGAUCACCCCACACCUUCUUCUUCUUCCUCAAACUCGACCUCUUCUUCCAGUGCUGCCGUGACCUGGAACCCUUGCUCUGUGUCUGCAGGCCCCACAACGGCACCGAUUCUCCCUCAGCACAUCCUGUCUCCUCGCCCGGGCUUCACUUCCAUCCAAUCCCCACUCAGCUACCUCCACGCCUCGCCCCUCUCCCCCAUGAUGCUCAUCCAGUCGCCCUACGCCUCCAGCAUCUCUUCUUGCCCGAGCGUAAGCUCGUCCAGUGGCUGUUCCAGUGACGGCGGGGCCAGUUUCACCACGGGGCUCCAGGUCAUAAACUACGCCCCCUCGGAGUACCAUGUCGGUCCGCGAAGACCGCUCUCUGAGAAGCUCACCGAGGAAGACAUUGUGAGCGAAGGUGCCAAUAGUUCGGGUCGAAACACACCCGUAGAUCCCAUGGACGGGGACGAUAACCGCGACACUGACACUCCCCACCAGAACGUGAGCGUCUUUUCUACGGCAUCGCAACAGCAACAGCCGACGGCUAGCGGUGGAGACGUCGUUCAGACUUUCACUCAGUUUGCAAUCACGUCUCAGGGCCCGUCGAUUAUUCAGCCGAGCACCCCAAGGUCCCUAAUGGCUCAGAGCGGUGGGGCGGCCAGACACACACCGUCGGGACUCCAACCCACUACCCAUGCGGCUGUGGUGGACCUCACCAAGAGCACAACCAGUGGCGGGUCGGGUCGUCGAAGAGUUUCUGGGCACAUCGGGAGCGUCGACGCCGUGGCCUACCCAUACUCUGUGGAGAGUGGCACCCACUCCAUGCACCCCAUGUCCGAAGAGUCAUCGUCCCACGGAUAUGUAUCUAGUGUUCUACAGAGCUCCUCGGGAGAGAGACCAAGUUCCGGGGUGUCCAGCAUGUCUUCCAGUCUGUCCAGCAGAGAAUCGACACCAGACCCCGAGGAACCAGAGCCCCUCCCAUCAAUCAGUGGCUCCGCCCUCUCCCAGGACCCGUCUCCACACGGUCUCUCUGCCGGUCUGGGUGGCUCAAUAGUGGGCGGGGCCACUCAUCCACACCACCACGUUGCCGCUCAAGGAUCGGACACUUUCUGUCUCGUCCCUGGGAGACUGUCUCUUCUGUCAUCGACUCAGAAAUACAAGGUCACGGUGGACGAGGUGCGACGAAGACUGUCUCAUCCAGAGUGCCUCAAUGCCUCUGUUCUUGGAGGAAUACUCAGAAGAGCCAAAUCAAAGAACGGAGGUCAUGUACUGAGACAGAGACUGGACUCCAUCGGUCUCUCCCUGCCUCCCGGUCGGAGGAAGGCCACCGAGCUCUCCCUCCUCACCUCCCUCGUGGAAGGAGAAGCAACCCACUUGUCGUCAGACUUCAGGAGGAUAUGUGAGACGUACUUCCCUCACGUGGAGCUGGCUCAGAUCAUAGCGAGACAACACGUGGGGACACCUCAGGCCCAGCACAGGGUCUCCAUGGUCAAGGCGGCUCAGUAAGUUCACCUGACCUCUCUCUGUCUGUGUAUAUAUAUAACAUUGUCCAAAGAGGACUCCUUUUAUACAAUGCAGUGUGGUCACUGUAGGUUGGAGACGGCGGAAUUUGUGUUGGGGAAAAUCCAUUGUCUAGCAAACAAUGAUGCACAGUUGCUAGAACAUGCAACACAUUAUGAAAAGUGCAAAUUGGAAGUACACAAAGCAUAAUUAUAGUGUGGACAGUGCGUUCACAUAAAGAAUCCAAAAAAUCGCACAAUGAAACAACCAGGUCUCGCGGAUUAUGUUUUAACAUUGUGUAUUAUAAUUCAUUUCCCUCUCUUUUUCUCUCUACCCUCACUUUCUCCUCCUGCCUUCCCCAACGCUCCCCUCUCUCACCAUCUCCCACACAGACUGGUGAUAUCGGAGCUCCAAGCCAUGCUCACUGCAGUCGGAGGACCCAGCAACGUCAAGGCCAACGACCCCAACAACCCGUACCCAGGCCUCACCAACUUCUCCCUCCUCACCCACGGCUUUGGAAACCCGGCCAUCAACACCAGUCUCACCGUGGUACAGACUUACCUCCAGGAACUUCUGGCCUUCUACGACGGACGGAAAGCGGUCCAGCCCGAGAACAGGUUCUCGACGUUUGGUGGGGAAAACGUCCACCUUGGAGCCGGCCAGUUUGUCAACGGGUUGCCCCAUCCUGUGUAUGCCAUCCCAAAUACGGAUCCUCAAUCUGCUCACCAUAGUCAAUCUUCAACUGUAAUGAAACAAGAGCCCAUUGGCUCUCCGAGACACGCCACCGUAUAGCUCUCUCUCUCUCUCUUCUCUCCUUCUUUCUUGUAUUAAUGGUCAUGUAUUUCUCUCUCCAACUCCCCACUAUCUAUAUAUUUCUGUAGCAUUAUGAUACUAUUAUUAUGUGUCCACGUGCAAUCUAUUAUCUGGAAAGGAUUUUAUUCAACUCUUGCACCAACAGACCGGAAUCACUCAUUGACUACUCAAAUCAAAACGACGACAAUCUCUAUUUUUCUUAUACUCUCACCCUAUUCAUUCAUGUGCGUGCAUCACUGCAAAGCUCCUCCAAACGUCACCUCACUUAUUGUCAUAUUUUCUGUAUACACCUGUGUAUAGUAACUGCCUCUGUUACUUCAACUGAAAAGUGAAUAAUUAUUGUGUUCA